AUGAAAGACUACUUCAACGAGAGUUGCACAUAUCCACCGGAGUACUUUCACAGGCGAUUCAGGAUGCGACGAGAACUUUUUCUUCGUAUCCUUAAUGAUGUCAAAGCUUAUGAUAACUACUUUGUCCAAAAAAAGGAUGCAACUGGUCGUCUGGGGUUGUCUUCUAUACAGAAGAUGACAACUGCUGUUCGUAUACUCGCAUAUGGUUGUGUAGCCGAUCACUAUGAUGAGUAUAUUAAAAUCGGCGAGAGCACUGCCAUUAAAUGCUUGAAGGUGUUUUGUAAUGCUAUUGUUGCUGUGUAUGUAGAAGAGUAUAUGCGCCCACCCAACGAAGCCGACAUAGCACGGUUGCUUGAAGAAGAGGAGCAUAGAGGUUUUCUGGUCAAUGGCCAAUUACCUCCGGUUAAUUAUGUAAUGAAUGGACAUCACUUUAGAAUGGGGUAUUACCUGUCUGAUGGUAUAUACCCUAAGUGGGAAACUUUGAUACAGACCAUCCCGCACCCAACCACUACAAAAGAAAAUUUAUUUGCUCAGCGACAAGAGGCAGUAAGAAAAGAUGUGGAACGGGCUUUUGGGGUAUUGCAGAUCAAGUGGGCAAUAACGCAAGGACCAGUAUGUUACUGGGAGAAAGAUGACUUGCGUCUCAUAAUGAAAAUGUGCAUCAUCCUUCACAAUAUGAUCGUUGAAGAUGAGCGUCAUGCAAAUGUUGGAAGAUGGACUCCGCCACCGGAGGAUGCAUUCCCGAUUCCCACUUUAAGUCGAUGCCCAUCAAUUUUAGCAGCACGCAUAUCCUCUCGCCAACCUCAGAUUCGCAACAGAGAGACAAAUACGCGGUUAAGGAAUGAUUUGAUGGAAAAUUUGUGGAACCGCUAUGCUGAUGAAGAUGUUUAA